AUGCAGAACCGUUUACCUAUGCAAGAUAAAUUUUUUAAUCAGUUAGUGUUUAUAACACCAAAGAUUGCUUUGGCAUUAGAGAGGCCUGAGGAAUGCCAGCAACUGUUGGAGGUUACAUCAAAAUUUCAGCCAAUCAUAGAUAAAGAAAAUGAAAUUGCAACAGAGUGGCGAAAUAUUCAAUUUCACUUCAGUGAUGAAGAGAAGGUUGAACUACUGGAAUUACCAAUUUCUAAAUUUUGGCAUAAAAUAAGAGAAACCAAAGACUUUAACAAUAAAACUGAACGUCUGGAGGAAGUUAAGGAACUAAAAGCUCAAAGCUCAACUAAAUCUACUGAAGUAUUACCAGAAACACUUGUUGAAGACAUCAUUGCAGAAAUUUCGGCUCGCGAAAAAAAGAGGAAAAAUAUAAUAUUGUUCAAUGUUCCAGAACCUGUUGGCAACAAUAAUACCGAACGCUUAGCUCAAGAUAAGCAAACUGCUGUAGAUCUCAUAUCCCAUAUAUCUUCUGAAACCAGAAUUGAGAAUCAACCAUUUCGUCUGGAGAGGCUGACGUUUUUGUAA